AUGCUAAAAUUUGAAGCAUUCAAGAAACAACAAAGAUUGAUUGAAAAAUCACCUUAAUUUAUUGUAUAAUAGUUACUACAGAGAAAGAUUGUCUUUAUUAGAGAGAACUUUAGUUCUAAAGAGAACUUUAUGAUCUAAGUAUUUAUUUAUUUUUGAUAACUAACAAUCUUAGAAAGAAGAAUCAUAAGAGAUAAUAUAUUUAAAGCCAGAUUGUGGGGAUUAAGUGAUGAAUGAAUUAACUAGAAUUGCAAUGUCAGAUAUUCCAGAUAAUGAAUAAUUAGAGUAUCAUAUUAGAGCUUAGUAAUUAUUGGAUUAUUUCACUUAGAAUUAGUAUCAUUAUAAUCAUUCUAUUUUAGGGUAUAAGUCUAAUAUACUACAGUUUUAUAUUAAAAAAUUAAUUAUGCAUUGGCUUUAAGAAAGUAUGGAUUGACAGAAGAAGUCAUCAAUUUAUUACUUGAUAGUGAUUAGAUUCUUAAAAUCAAAGGAAAAUAAUUAAAAAAAUAAUCCCUAGAUAUAUAAUUCUUAGCAAGAAUUGUAUAAAACAAACUUAUGAGAUUGCGUAUCAUCUUUUAAUGUACUUUAUUAUUUUCUGAGAGUAGAAGGUAUAAUAUUUAAAUAGAUAAACUAUAGAAAUAAAUAAGCUUUAGAAUUAGCGAAAAGUGCUUUAAAAUAACUCAAAGUUAUCUUUGAAACUACUAUUAAAUUAUGUUAAUAGAUGAAUCUAACUAAUUUAAUUAAUAAAAAAUAAAGAGCUAAUUCAGAAAUGACUCUAGCAUCUAUGAUAUCUCCUCAACCUUAAAAGUUAUCAUAUAGUUAAAUUGUAGAAAUGGUAUUUAAAGAAAUUUUGGUACUUAUUAAAUGUUCUAUGCCUUAAUCUUAAUUUGAUGAUAAAAAUACACAAAUUAUUAGAAGUUAUUAAAGUCGUAGUCAAUCCUUAGAUAAAUACAGUGAAUCUAUCUCUAUUACAAAUACAAUCAAUCAAAAUAAUAAAUUGUAUCCAAAUCUUAAUGAUAAUCAUCCAAUGUUAUAAAUGUAAAUUCUAGGCUUAAUGUAAAUGACCUAAGUUGAUAUUGAAGAAUUAUAUCCUAUAACUAAUCCUGAAAUGGUUAUUACUGAAGAAGUUAUACUUGAAUUAAUCAUGUUAGCUGGAUUAAGCUUCUAUAGUAUCUCUACUGAAUUAAGAUUUAUUAAUUCCAAUUUCGAUAAUCGAUCAAAUCUUGAAAUUUGGCUUUGCAAAAGUCUAGAAAUAUAUUAUACAUAUGUUCCUCAUAUGUCUUCAAUUUUUAAUCAAAUUUAUCAAGUCUAUAAAAAACUCUAUGGAGUAGAUAAAUAAAUGAUACCUGAAGAUUAAGAAAUCACACACUUAACUAAAUUGUUACGUCCACAUCAAUUCAAUAAUAAAGCUAGCUUAGCUAAUAAAGUUGUAAUAGUAAUUAAAGUUCCAGAAGGUCCAACAUCAAUUAUUAAACAUGCUAAUACUUAAUAAAAAACUAUACCUUCAAAUAAAACAAGCAAAAAGUAAAAGUAAAUUUAUAUAUAGACAUUUAUUAACACAAGUUGAGGAUUAAGAAGAUACAGGAAGAUCUCCAGCUAAAUUAUUUUUAAAACCAACUCAAAUAAAAUCAUAAUAACCUUUAGAGAUUAAGUAAAGGGUCGAGUUUUUAAUGAAUCAUAUUUUAACUUAAUAAGCAAAGUUGAGUAAAGAUAAGUUGAAGAUUAUAAAGAGUCGUAUAAAACCUGAUUUAAGUAAUGGAAAUGUUGGUAUGACAGCCUCAACGAAUAAUACAACAUAGAAUACAACGAAUAAUACAACAUAGAAUACAAUAUAAAAUUCAGCUAAAUCACCUCCAAAAUAAUUAAGUCGUUCUCUCUCGAAUUCUCGUAAGGCUAGUUAAUGCAUUGUACCUGCUUAACUAAACGUUUAGCAAGCAUUGCAUUAGACUAGAACAGCAUAAUUAAAAUAUAGAUAUCGGAAUCAAUUUAAUACUUUGCCCAUCGAAGAGAGUCCUACAUAAUUUAGUAGUACUAGAAAAUAAGGAACUCUGGAUUCAGCAAAAAAAUAAUACCAAAAUAAAUAUUAAUUAGUACUUUAGUAGAAGUUACAGAACCUCAAUUGA